AGCCGAAACAAAAAUUUUGGCGAAAAUGAAAUGUUAUGAAAAUGACGAAAUAAUUUCUACUUCUAUUUGGUGAUUAAUUUAUAUUCUUAAUUGUUUAUUUUUUGUUUAAUUUGUUUGUUUCUAUUAUGCCAAAGAUCAGAGCCAAAGAUGGUAAUUUUCAAUAUGGAAAUUAUAACCGAUAUUAUGGUUAUCGGAAUCAAAAUGUUACCAUAGAUCCAAGGAUAAGCUGCUUUGAGUCUUGUUGGUUUAAGGAUCAACAUGUUCUGGACAUUGGUUGUAAUGUUGGUCAUGUUACACUGACCAUUGCAAGAGAUUUUAAUCCUUGUAAAAUAAUUGGUAUUGAUAUAGAUGAGAAUCUUAUUGAAGCUGCCAAACGUAACAUUAAAAACUAUGUAAAAAGUGAUCCGAAAGUUAGAGAUUCUCUGAGGAAACGAUUGGAUAUAAAUGUGAUUAGUAAACAUAAUUGUGGUCAAUCAAUUGAACCAAUAAAUGUCCAGUUGAAUGGUGAAGAGAAUGGAAAAUGUGAUGAAAUUGAUGCUAAAGGCGAGGAGAAAAAUUUUCCCAAUGGAAUGGAUCAUCUAAAUGGUGAAGCAAUUAAAUUAAACGAUCAUUCCAAGUCACCAAUUGAAUCUAAUCUGACAACCGUUUCUACAGAAUCAACUGAAUUUGCUGUUUCAAGUUCAUCUCAAUCUCUUCCAAUCAAUUCUUCAACCCAAUCUGAUCCAUCUACUAAAGUAAAUCUAAUUAGUCAAUCUUCAUUUGAUGACGAAUCGCCCACGUCUGUGAAAAGAAUUAAAUUAGAUAACAGUAAACCAGUUGAUUUCCCUCGAAAUGUCAAAUUCUUUUGCGAAAAUUAUUUCCUCGAUUGUGACGAUCUUUUGAACGGAGAGAAACCAGAAUUUGAUUGUAUUCUUUGCCUUAGUGUAACCAAAUGGAUUCAUCUGAAUUUCGGUGAUGAGGGAUUGAAAAGAGUCUUCAAACGAAUGUAUCGUCAAUUACGAUCUGGUGGAAGAUUAAUUCUCGAACCUCAACCCUGGUCUUCUUACAAGAAGAAAAAACUCACUUCAGAAAUCACAUUAAAAAAUUACUUGUCAAUCAAAUUUAAACCCGAUGAUUUCAAUGAAUAUCUUUUAUCCAGUGAAGUUGGUUUCAGCUCUUCGGAACUUUUGAAAACUCCGAUUCAUGAAUCUAAAGGUUUUCAAAGACCGAUUUUUCUAUUCCUAAAGUCCAAGGAAAGUUCAUAAUUUUGGGUCAUCCAUGUUGCCAUUUAAAUUAUCCUGCUAAACCAAAAAGUCAUUAAUUAAUUUAAUAAGUCAUCAUGCUAAAGUCAUUAUUCCAAAUGCUCAUGUUAAUCAUCAAUUAUUUCUCUCUUUCUCUAUUUUUUUUGCAUCUUGUUACUCUUGAAAUUGAGAAACUUUUUCAAAUGUUACAUUUUCAUUAUCAAAAACUAUCGAGAAAAAAUAAUCACAUUCACAUUUCACUUGUGCCAUUGAUGAAACAAUCAAAAGUGAUUAAAAAAUUUUCCUAAUUUAAGAAAAUUUGUUUAUUUCAUGUAACUGAAAUUCACUUUAAUCAAUACUCGAGACAAUUAAGAAAAUGAUUGAUCAGAAUUUUUGAAUUUCUCUCGGCUGACUGAGCCUAUUUUGAGAAAAUGAAGCUGAUCAAUUGACUGUUUACAUCCAAAGAUAAACAGUGAUUGAGAAAAGGCGUUGAUUAAGUUAAUUAAUU